UAGCAUCAUAGUACUUUUCAAACUUUUCAAUGUGACGCGCGGGUAAUAAUUCAUAUCUGCUUCAAGGUAAGAGGUAACGAGGCCUCAUUUAUUAAUUACACGGGGCAAGUUGAACGAUAUUUUUGCUGCCUAAAUUAUUUGGUGUAAUGAUUCUAAUAAUGCAAUGGCUUGAACACAUCAGCUAUAGUUUAGAAGCUGCAACUGGUUUAAGGAAAUUUUAGUCUGCUCUUUAAAAGAUGUCAUCAGCACUCAAUCUACAGGAUCGACAUGCCAAGCUUUAUUUUUAGAAUGGCAGAUUAUUUAAAUGGCCCACACUAUUGGUGUGUCUAAAUCUAAUCAUAUUUGUUUCAUGAAUAUUUCUCUUCUUAUUUUUAGAAGAAAAAAAAGUCAUGUUGGCAUAAAAAUGUGAAAAUUAAUGACAAAUUCGCUUUUGUUCUGACCCAUUACAAUAUUAUGAGAAAAUGGAUUUGGUAAAUUAUUUCAUCAAUUUAAUUUAAAACAAAAAAGAUUCUCCAACUUGUUUGUAUACAAAAAGUCGCAGCGUGUACGACCGACUGCCAAGUUUUUUCGUAGAAUUGGGGAGGCAAAAAGCCGGGUCCACCAUGGGCGGAACUAACCCUUGCACUACAUAGGCCUAUAUUUAAUUGUCCCUCUCCUUGUGUGUCUGAUACAAUAAUAGUUAUAUCUUACUGAUGUUUAUCCACAACUAUUAUUUGAUCUGUUCAUUGAAUAUAACAACUACUGUAUCAUCUUUCUAUAAAAUAGGGUCCAUAACUUUCAAUUUUAAAUGGAUAAAAGUAUAUAAAUCGCCAGCGGCCCUUUUUGUAAUAACAACGAUACCUCAAAAUCUACCGAGUCUUCCAGCGCCCAUUUGAGCAAUCCCAGCGCUCCCUGAAGGCGGUGCCGCCCACUUUAAGAACCACUGGUCUGGUAAGAAUUUUUGAAUCACUGUCACAAGUCCCCAUUAGAGUAAACUAUGCACGUCUUCUGUCUUCUAUAACUGCAUGCAUGUUGACAUGAAAAAGGUCACAUUCUAGUAAAGUCGUUUAGAGAAUAAACCCUUAAAAUUUCUCUAGCUCAUACAAUAUGUUCCACUGGUCAUGUGGUGGGAGUUUCUCUUGUAAACCUUACUUUCAACAUUACUACGAUAAAAAAACAACAACAACAUAUGUCAUCUCCCGCCUUGUGUCUAGAGUGCAUUGAACGGUUAUGAAUAAAAAAAAUGACUCGAAGGUGGGCUGUUUUGGGGGUAGCCAUAAACAUUCCCCGGGUCGCCUAGCAAUUGAAAACCGGAAAAUCCGUUUGGCUAAAUCAGGCUGUUGUCAAUCACAACAAAAUCCUUAAAAGGAUCCACAGAGGACAGAAUUGUUGGGGUGACAAGCAAGUCAGAGCUUGUGACUCCCAGGCAUUGCAGUCAUUCAGAGCUUGUGUCUGGCUGGCGCGGAAGUUCAUUUUGCAGCCAGUAGAACCACCAUCUUCAUCGGCGAUAGACUUUCUAUAAUUUUUGAGUAAAUUUUACAUAAGUAUAAAUAUAACAUAAGCUUAUCGCUUAAAUUUCAAGUUAAAAUUUUAACCAAAAAAAAGCUUAAACGUGAUACUAACAGCGCCGUUACAAAGCAAGCACCACUGAAAUUAGCGGUCAAAAUGAGAUCAAAUUUUGAAGGGUCAAAUAAAAAGAUAUUUUAAUAUUAUGAAGAUGAAUGUCAGUCGGCAAAGUCAUGACACGAAAGUACAUCCUAAUUAGUUACAUUAAUGCCUUAGGUUACAUAUAUUUAUAUUUUGGGAGAAAAAACAACAACUACAAUUUGUUUUUGCCCAGUGUCGGACACAAAGUAUUUCCAAACAAUUCAUAGAAGUCACGUCACGUGUGUGUUGGACUAAAAAUGUUUUCCAUAUUCUACUGAACUAAAUAUAUAAUAUAAGCAAUACAAUUCAAAGAACAAAUAUUAAGUUUUCGGGUAUAAAAAGUCAUUGCAUUAUCGAUAUUUAUUAUAAAAUAAAAUCCUUGAACAGAUUCAAACUCACAUCUCUUAGUAUUAAUGUGGCUUUCUUGAUCGUAUAAUCAACGCGCUACCAUUUUGUGACGGAACACAUUUUUGAGGAACCAUGGUUUGCAUCUCAGUUUUGUGAGCCUGCACUCUAUUCUAGUACUGUGUUCUAGAGUACUGUGUUCUAGAGUACUGUGUUCUAGUACUGUGUUCUAGUACUGUGUUCUAGAGUACUGUGUUCUAGUACUGUGUUCUAGUACUGUGUUCUAGAGUACUGUGUUCUAGUAGUGUGUUCUAGAGUACUGUGUUCUAGUACUGUGUUCUAGAGUACUGUGUUCUAGUACUGUGUUCUAGUACUGUGUUCUAGUACUGUGUUCUAGUACUGUGUUCUAGAGUACUGUGUUCUAGUACUGUGUUCUAGUACUGUGUUCUAGUAUUGUGUUCUAGUACUGUGUUCUAGUACUGUGUUCUAGUACUGUGUUCUAGUACCGUGUUCUAGUACUGUGUUCUAGUACUGUGUUCUAGUACUGUGUUCUAGUAUUGUGUUCUAGUACUGUGUUCUAGUACCGUGUUCUAGUACUGUGUUCUAGCACUGUGUUCUAGUACUGUAUAGCCCUGGACGUAGUAAUAUUUGUUACAGAGCGUCAACAUUUUUAAAGGUACCCAACUGCGCAUUUUGGAAAUGCAACGUCAUUGCAAACAGUUAGUUCCAGACGCAAGAUUCAAAUUAUUUUAGCUCAUAUUAAGAGAAAUUACGUAAAAUAGGAAAUGGUUAAAAAGUGUUCGUCAACUGAUAACUACCGUUAAAAAAAGAUGCUUUUAUUUAAAAGAACGGGGGUCGAAAUUUAAAAAAAAAUUCUCUUAUCUGUAAUAUUGCUUGAAGAAGACUACAAAUUCCAAACUACUGAUCUGGAGAUUUCAAUUUCCAGAAAAAACAAAAUCCAUAAAAUGACGCCUGCUGGAUAAACUUGACGAUGAGAAAUUAUUCUGAGACUUGAAGGACAGAUCACUAGGUGGUCAGACACUGGGAUAAUCAGCUCCAUUGAAAUCUAUGAUAUAUUGCGCAGGUAGUGUGUCGGUUAGGUGCUGGGUAGCCGAGUGGUCUAAACUGAGCCACUCUAGCUCAUGGCCUGGAGGUCAAUCCCCCACCAAAGCCCCUUGAUGUCAACUCAUCUAAAAGAAGGAAACUUUGAAUUCAAACACGAUUGUUUAAAUUAACCACAGGAGAUGGAGUCCUUUAGGUGGAUAACAUUGGCACAAUGAAACAUUCCGACAACUCCUGCCAAAGUCAUAAUCUGGGAUGAAGCUUCAAUGACCCUAACACAUUGAGUAAAUGCAGUUGACACACUAUAAAAGAACUCUUAGUCUUACUCUUGUAUGAGCGGUCUUUCUUUUCGUUGUAGAUUUUCGAUAAAUUCCCCCUGUUGCUCCAGAUGGCAGCAGAACCAAAAAUACUAUUUUAUGCAUGAAAAAUAGUAAGUGUUGAAAACUAUUCUGGCCGUAUAGUUGUAACAAAAAAUGCGUGCUAGUAAGGACAUGUGGCCCAUCAGAACACUUUUUUGUGCAAGUCAAGGUAAAAGUCUUUGGAACUGACAAAAAAAUGCAACAUAAAGAAAGACUACAGAUUUUACACAAAGAAGUUUUCAGCCAAUAAUUAAACUUCAUAGUCUGCUGUGGCUUGAUCAAUAUGUGACAGUACAAAUGAUCUUAAGCUGGUAUAUAUAUUAUAUUUCAUAUAUUUCAACCACAAAGUGCAUUAAACCUCCAAAUUGUUGGUGAACAUUUUAAUGGUUAUUAUUUUCAAAUGACAGUUUUCUAUAUUUAGGAAUCUUGAAUUAUAAUAAUGAAUAUUGCAUCUUUAAACCAAAAAUGCAACCCCAAAAAUGCCAUGUCUGCUAGAAUAAGUGUUACUGAAUCACUAGAAAUAACCGUGGGAAAAUUUCAAUCACUAUCACAUACUGUGGGGAGAUUUACAUCCCUAGCACUAACUGGAAUAUUUGAUUCACAAAAACUAAUUGUGGGGAGAUAGUUGUGUUAUAUUUUUCAUAAAUACACAAGGUGAGUAUAUUAAGGCUUUUUAAACAAGAUUGUUUUUUUUUUUUGGGGGGGGGGGAUCCAGUGUCCAGCCAAACUACAUUUAAUCCUAACACUGAAACACGGUGGUCUCGAAUUAACAAAUAUUCAAAGCGUUACAGUCACUUUAGAUGCACUAAAAUAUGACUAAUAUUCCCAGAUGAAUUUAAUUUCAGUGAAAUAAUAUUUUUUUUUUAAUUUCGAAGUACGUACGUUGAAUUUUAUUAAAUUUUAUUAAUUUUUUUUCAACUCAUUUAAAAGAAAAUUAUGCAGGACACUGUUGAUCUUUGAAAUGUGUAUUUUAUUUGUUUAAUAGUCUCUAUAAAAAAAAAGACAUGUUUUUGAAAAUAUUGAGGGUCAGUUACUGUACUCUCCUUUCUUUCUUUGGACUCAUGUCAGAUGACCUUCACGGUCCUGGGGCUCGUCUCGGUUGGCUGCACAUGAGCCCAUGCAGGCGAUUCCUAGACCAUAUAAGGCAGUCACUACCUUUCCCGUCUCCACUCGCUGCAGCCAAUCGUGCGGCUGGUCUUGAAUCGAUCUUGUCCGGGACGGUCUACCUGGAAAACAUUUCAAACCAACAAUCUUGAUGUUUCCUGUGUGGCAGUGUAUGCCCCAACCCACUAUUAGGCUCGUUACGUAAACAAUGUUUGUGUGGCAGUGUAUGUCCCAACCCACUAUUAGACCCGUUACGUAAACCAUGUCUGGCGCGCGCGGUGUGUAACCCGCUCUCAGUGUAUCCCUUUCACCUUCCCCACCCCCCCCCCACCCGGACGGUCACUAUACGGCCGGCGCAUAGGGAGGAAAUAAUAAAAUACCACGAUGUGCGCUUUGGUUAGAAAUUCAAUAAUUUAUUUCUCGGGAACCCUAGCGUAUUAAGUUAUAAAUUAUAUCUAGUUAGAAAGGGGAUUUUAUUCACUAUACCUUAGCAUAUUUACAAGUUUCCAUCGUUGGAGGAUAUUUUAACAUUUAGUCAUUAAAGGUGUUUUCGCCUUCAUUUAUAGUGGUCCCCACCCCUUCUAGUUAAAAUAUCUCAAAAACUAUUUAAGUCAUAAAAAAGAUAAAAAGCAUCUUAGAUAGCUAAGACAAAACUGCAUAGGGAUUUCCAGGAAAUUAUUGUACAUUUUCUUAGAAAAGGUUUUUUGAAAAAAAAAAACAUAGGGAAAAUUAAAAAUGACCAGCCGAAGAUUCAGAUGACAUUAGACACUUCAGUGUCUUCAGUAGCCGGGUAUCUUUAAUGUUUUGGAUUAAUUCUUUUAAGUAAGAGCUAGUAAUGCGGACCAGUUAUUUCUUAAUAAAUUGUGGGGAGUUAUAGAUGGAGCUAAGCCUAGUUAACACUGAUGUAAGAUCAAGCCAGAUCUUGACAUUAGUUAAAUUAUAGGACGGCCUAACAGGAAGGUGGGGGAGACACAUCCUAAACUUUUUGACACACAAAAAAACUGUUACAUUUAUCGUUUGUUUUUUCAAAGAACAUUUAUCGUUUUUGUUUUUGUUUUUUUUUUCAAAGAAAGGAACUUUAAAAAAAAAAUUAUUUUGCAUUUUUUCCCCUUUACAAUAAAUUUGGUUUAAAGCAUAAUAUACUGCCACAUAUGUGAGCGGAGUGAGCGUCGCUGGUAGCCUCAUACAAGUUAGUGUCAGACUGUGUCAGCAUAUGUCUAAAGCUGCAUUUAGGGGAACCGUGAAUUCUCUUAUAGAAAUCCCCAGGUUUAGUAGUGUCCCUGGAAAGGACACUCCAGCAACACUCAAUGGUGUCAGCAACAAAACAGAAAGCAGAAGUAACCGGUUUUUACCUAUAAACUGGUUCAUGUCAAACAGUUUGCCAGAGGUAGCUUCCGGUUGUUGGAGAGCUACCGGGUCUCUUUGGAAUUACUCUGGCCAGCCUCUAUGUCAAAUACGGUACGCAGAGAAGGUUUCUAAGUCCUCAGAUAAAAUAGAGGACACUUAGAGUUUUCAUCAAAUCUGGUUAUUAAUCCGUAAUUGGCUACUAGGGCUACGCCCAUGUUAAGUGCAGUACAUAUAAAAGUCAAGUUAAGUUUUAUGUUAUCCAAAAUUAUCUAAAAAUGAUCAUACAAUCUUUCCAAGACAUUGUGAGUUUUAUAUAAGGUGUCAAACAGAGUGAGGAGAUGUCUGAAGUUGAACACUUACUGGAAAAAAAUAGCAAAAUGAAAACGUAAAAAAAAUAUUUAAAAAUUCCACGUUAAUCUGUUAAGAUUGCAGCAGAGGCAAUUGUUCCUGGGGGUCAUAAGUCAUAUGUCAGAGCAAAGCAGAGGAAGCCACUGCAGUAUGUGGCUCAAAGGUCAGAGUGCAGCAGAAGAAGCUGCUUUAGGAUGACGGUUAUAGGUCAUUGGUCAGUGAAAGCAGCUACUCCAGAAUUUGAAUUUUAUGUCAUAUGUGAAUGUACAUUGUUACGCACUGCCUUCUAUUUGUGAGAAAUUAAUCUCUUGUUUUAAGUUAUGGCUCGUUCUAAACAGUCCCUAACAAAGGACGAUACCAUAGAGAAAUAGAAUAGUAAAAAUACGACACUCAAAACAGUUGCUAAUUACAAUUAAUAAGAUUUAUUUAAGUAUUAUUAUAAUUACAAAACAAAAGAAAUAUAAUUACAAUCAACAACUUACAGAGUACGGGAAUGUCUUGUGCCGGUACACAGUUAGUACAAUCUGCCAAUUAAGAAUGUACAAUGAUGAAUGCGAAUAAACACAUAUGAGUACACAAAGAAUAAUACACUUGUCUCGAAAAGUUAAAAAUAUCUAUAGAUCAAAACAUCUUAAUGUUCUCUGAACCCCUUUUCUUUGCAGCGUAAGACGCAUUCCAGAAAAGACUUAGACAUUGUUUACUUUUCUAGUCCAAUCGCGAACGUUCCACCAACUCCUAUGAGAAAUAUUAAUUAUUUUUUGUUGGUAAAAAAAGAUCAAAAGAAAUAGGCCACGCCCAACACAAACGCAGUCCAACUUGGGGCCCAACAGAGUUCACGGCAUGGGGAAAGUGUGACGUAAACACGUCCUGCAUGACAACAUAUAAGAAGCUGUAUCUAAUUAUAUAAAGAAAUUCGGUUUCAAACGAUAUUUAGUCAAAUGUACUUUAACGCUAUAUGAUAUGUUGAGCUUUUCAAGAGUUCUAAAUUAAGGGGAUAAAUUAUUACAAAACGUAUGGUUAAAAAAUUAAAUAGUUUUAAGUUAAUCUAAGUGUGAAAAUUUAAUGAAUAUAUUCAAUGCCUUUUAUAAUCAGUUAAUUGGCUUGUUAUAUUUCAACCAAUGGAUUAGAAACUGUCUGCGAUCAAAUGUCUACAUUGGAGAUUGUCUCUGUGCCUUUUUCUCCCCAGAAAAAUGUCGGAAAAUAUUCCCGAUUCCUCCCUGGAUAUCCUACUGAUGGGUAGAACUGGUAAUGGGAAAAGUUCUACUGGCAACGCUAUUCUCAUGAAAAAGGCGUUUACAGCUAAUGCUAACGUGCAGUCAUUGACGGUCGAGGCCUGCCUCGAUUUUUCAGAGUUCAAAGGUCGGGCUUUGAAAGUCGUGGACAGUCCAGGUCUUGGUGACAAUCGAAUAGACAAAGUGGCCGAUGUUAAACAGUUAGUGGAAGCUGUUAAGUUUGCUAUAGCAGGUAACCCCAAUGGCUACCAUGCCAUACUUUAUGUCAUAAAAUAUGGUGGUAGAUAUUCCAAGGAAGAUGUAGAGACACUAAAGCAUUUGAAAAAAAUUAUGGGAAAUGAUUUUAUAAGAAAUCAUGGUAUUCUUGUUCUAACCUGUGGGGAUAGUUUUGAAAGUGACCCGGAAGUCAAAAGAGAUAAUCUUUCUUUUGAGGAUUGGGUUGAUCAACAAGUUGAGCCAAACUUUCAAGAACUGAUUAAAGAAUGUAAGAAGAGAGUGAUACUAUUUGAUAACAGAGCGGAAAAUCGGGAAAAACAAGAGCGCCAAGUCGCUAAUCUCAUCACAAUGAUUGACAAACUUAGCAAAAAUGGACUACGGUACACCAACAAAGAGUUCCAACAAGCUGAAAAGGAAAGAGAGCGUUUGAUAAGGAAAUUAGGAAGACCGUAUCUAAAAGAUGAAUAUAUGAAAGAACUUGCUCUUAUUACGUCAUGUUUCAGCAAAAUGGGAAGUACAAAUGACGAUGAAGACUUGGAAAAUCUUCAGAAACUCAGCCUUAGAGCUCAGGAGCUGCAUCUCAAAAUUGUUGCGGUUGAUAAAAACACCGAUGCUCUUAAGUCUGCGAUUACCACUGUGAUCAAUACCAAAGCUACCAUAGAUUCGGAAAUAGCUAAAAAGUCCUUCCAGUGUGUCCAGGUUAAGCAACAGGCUGAAGAGAAGCGAAAAAUUGAAGAGGAAGCAUUAAAAUUAGAAAAAGAAAGAGCUGAAUUUGAAGCACAAAAAAAACUUGAAAAUGAAAGAAUUAUGAGAUUGAAGGAAGAAGAAGCAAUGAUUGCGAGAAAAAAGCUUGAAGAGAAAGAAGAGGAAGAAAGAAAGCGGAUGAAAGAAGAAGAAGAAAAACUGAAGCAGAAAGAAGAAGAAAUGCGACAGCAGGAAAUAAAAAGAUUGCAAGACAUGGUGACAGCUGCUGAAGAAUCAAAGAAAAGAGCCGAGGCCAUGGAAAGAGAAUAUCAAGAACUGAAAAAAAGUUCUUCUCAAGGCAUUAUAUCAACCGUUGCUAAUUUUGUUAGCAACCUGGCGCCAGUGAAAGCUAUAACGUCAUGGUUUUGGUAAGUUGGGGGUGAAGUAUCAGUCAGACGUCUUAUUCCUAUAUACCACGUCUAUUAUGGCUGCAACUCAUAACCAGUUCAAGUGAGUUAAUAUUCAUAGAACUUAGAGGAUACAUUUCUUUUGCUCUCUGUG